AUGCAUGUGUUAAAUUUAUUGUUUUUAAUAGUAAUAAUUAAUAUUUUAAUUUUUUCUGUACAAUCAUAUACCUUGAAAAAGUAUGAUAAUGGUCAGUUUUUUGUUAUCGCCAGUGGGCCAGUAAUUAAUGAAAAAUUUAAUGUUCCAAAUCACCAGGUAUCAAAAUUUUUACUAACAAAAGAUGAAUAUGAUUCUGUUUCAGUGCAGCUUCGUAUCACAUCUGAUGGAGCACCAGAAUCUUUAAUCUUUUCCAGUACUUUUAGUGAUAAAACAAACAUGACAUAUACUACCACUCCAUUGGAAUACUCAAUGUGUAUCCCUCGUGACUUGUCUUUUUCAAUCAAAAUGAACAAUUACCUCUUGGGUGGUGAUUACAUUAUCUCAAUUCAAGGUACCUCUGAUGUUUCAAAAUGCUACGAGCAUGUCCCAGUAAACCAAGCUAACCAAGAACCUGAAAGUAUUGUAUUAACAUCUUCUGAACAACUUGUUAUACAAUCUGAUGGCACACUUAAAAUGUAUGUCACUGAUUAUGAUGACGAUAAAAAUAUAGAGUAUCAAAAAUCAACUGCUUCAACACCACUAGUCAAUGGAGUUUUAAUUUUUUCAACAGUUCUUUUAUUUUUACAAUUAAUAAUCUAA